CCUCUUGUUAUCAAAUUGUUUUUCCAUGUGCUUUUCAUUUUACAUCGCAUUCGUCGAAAAUUUGUAAAAUUUGUGAAUUAUUUCGAAUUAUAUGAUGAAUUAUUGUACCUUAUGAAGCAAAUAUGAAGGUAAAAGUAUUGACGAGAAAUCCGGAUGUUUAUAUUCGAGAAACGAAACGUGAUAUUCAUAAAGUACCACGAAACUAUGAUCCUUCUUUGCACCCUUUCGAAGCACCUAGAGAGUACGUACGUGCUUUAAAUUCGGUCAAAUUGGAAAGAGUUUUCGCCAAACCGUUCAUUGGAAAUUUGGAUGGUCAUCGAGAUGGAAUAUCUUGCCUAGCAAAACAUUCUCAACAAUUGUCCAUCAUCGCUAGCGGAGAUUACAGCGGAGAAGUAAGAUUAUGGGACAUACCGCAACGAAAAUGCAAAUUCACAGUCCAAGCGCAUGCAGAAGGAGCCGUGAAAGCUAUAUCAUUUUGUCACGAUGAUCGUGUCAUUUCAGCCGGUUUCGAUAAAACUCUCAAAAUAUGGAGUACCGAUGAUCUACAUUUGAGUUCAGGUUCGAAAGAACCACUCAAAGUUUUACUUUCUGAUUCAAUCGUUACUGGAAUCAGCCAUCAUCGAAAAGAAUCUAAAUUUGCGACUUGUGGUGACGUGUGUCAAUUAUGGGAUGAAAAUAGAAGUGGUCCUGUUAAAUCAUUAGAAUGGGGUGUCGAUAGCUUGCUCCAUAUCGCAUACAAUCCUAUAGAAACAUUUUUACUCGCUUCUUGUGCCAGUGACCGUAGUAUUAUUUUAUACGAUACCAGAGAAGCCGGUCCAAUACGUAAGAUAGUUACUAAAAUGCGUAGUAAUCAAUUGUCAUGGAAUCCAAUGGAGGCCUACACAUUUUCAGCAGCUAACGAGGAUUACAACGUGUAUUCUUACGACACUAGAAAUUUACGUACACCUGUGAACAUUCAUAUGGAUCAUGUGAUGGCUGUAACUAGUAUAGAUUACGCUCCAACUGGUCGAGAAUUUGUUACUGGUAGUUUCGAUAAAUCUGUACGCAUAUUCGAAGUGAACAAGGGCCAUUCUAGAGAAAUUUAUCAUACAAAACGUAUGCAACAUGUUACCAACGUUUGCUGGUCAUUGGACAAUAAAUACAUUAUGAGUGCUUCUGAUGAAAUGAAUAUUCGUAUUUGGAAAGCCAGAGCAUCGGAGAAACUCGGAGUGCUCAAACCACGAGAAAAAGCUGCCUUAGAAUACGCGGAUUCUUUGAAACAGAAAUUCGCCAAUCAUCCGCAAAUUAAAAGAAUUGCUCGUCAUCGGCAAGUUCCCAAGCAUAUUUACCAUCAUCAACAACAACUGCGUGCUUCGAGAGAGAAAAACAAGCGAAAGGAAGCAAAUCGCAGGAAGCAUUCGAAACCUGGCUCUGUUCCACUUGUUGGCGAACGCAAAAAAGUCGUUCUUUCCGAACAGUCGUAAUUGUUUAUUUUUAUUUUAUGUACGAGUUUAUAAUAUUAUUAUAAAUUAUAAAUAUAAUGUAAAUCAUUUCUAAUAA